AUGUAUCUGUGGGCACAAGAACUCGUUCGUGACGACCAGGCGGAUGAGGCCAGCUCAUCCGAUCAUCCGUCGUCCCACCAACAAGGUCACGCCGCUGACCUCAACCUCAAUCUCUCUCCACCACACCAGUCAACCUCAUACCCGGCCGCUCAGCAGCCGGUCAACUACAUCCAACCAGGGUAUUAUGUUCCCGAGCAGCCCGGUCAGCCCGACCAGCAGUUCCAACACCCGCAGUUCCAGCAGUAUCCCCAGUACCCCGGGCACUAUCCAUACCCGGUCCCUCCUCAGCCAUAUGGGUACUGGCCCGGCCAGCCAAUGUACUACACGCCACCGGUCGGCUAUCCACCAUACACGCCUGCGUUCACGGCUCCAGCCGCCGCCCCUCCACUCUAUCCGACCGCCUCAGCCCUCUUCCCGGGCUAG